AUGCCUGGAAGAUCAACAAAUGAUGCUAUCCACGCAAUUAGGCAAAUUAGUGAAAACAGUGAAAAUAACAAAAAGCUACAUAUGGUCUUUCUCAAUCUAGAAAAGGCCUUCGAUAGAAUCCUAAGAAAACUUUACUGGUGGGCGCUACGCGACAAAAAGGUUCCCGAUAUAAGAAUAAUACAGGUUACGUAUAUGGGUCAUACAACAAUGGUCCGUAGCACAACAGGUACUUCAGCAGGCUUCACAAUAGCCGAAGAAGUUUAUCAUAGGUCGGUUCUCAGCCAACUUCUCUUCAUUACAGUAAUAAAUGUAUUAGCACAGUCUAUACCUCAAUUAGUUCAGUGGAAUAUGAUAUUUGCAGAUGAUAUUGUGAUACUUGCCGAAUCCUAG